AUGGCGCCGGUGCCUUUGGAACCGGAAGUGAAGUACCUGCCUUUGAGCUUGGUGGCUGGCCAUGCGCUUGCAGUGGCAAUUCUCGGCACCACUGUCGCUCGAAGUCUGUACAGCUCGUAUCAGCACUUGCCGCCAUCUCAAGGAACAAGAGCAAGACUUGUUCGCCGUUCAGCUCUUGCGCCGUUGUUCGCAAGUUUGGCAUUCAUUAGCUUGUCUUUUGCAAGUUACUGGGCCUCAAGCUAUGCGAAACUUUCAUAUCGCGUCUGGGCAGAUCAGCGUGGAGUUGAAGCUCCAGUUCGCUUCUAUGGCGAUCAUGGAGUCAUCCCCAACGAAACUGCGAUUCAAGUCUUUAUUGGCCGCUGGCUAAGUGACACUCCAAUCCACCUGGACGCUCUCGAGAUCAUCGCCGAAAAAGCUCGUCGGUUCUGGUGGGGCCAGCAAAUCGAACUCGCAACGGUCUCAUGGAGCUUGCUGUUGGCAGUCGAAGGCACACGAAGAAGAAUCCCUUCUGUCUGGGCCUACCUCGGAUUAGCACAUCUCGUCAGCCUCUCGUUCGCCCAGAACCUCUUCUAUCUCGCACUGCUUCUUACUCCUGCCCCGACCACCACUGCAGACGACAGACAUCCCACCUCUGCACUAGGACGCCUGCGCGAGAGAUUACUGCCUGUGAAGCCUAUCAAUUGGACGCCACACCCGGCCUUGCUCUUGGCAUCGUUCUGCUUUACAUACGUUCUGAUAUACUGGGCUCCGUCGACAACAGGCACAGCGACAUUUGCCCGGAUCGCAAUCCUUGGGCGACUUCUGACCUUUGGCCCCAUUGUCAUUCCCGCUGUCGUUCCAGCUAGUUGGGGCACAGUAUACUCUGAUCCUCACGGAGCAUACGGCAUAUUCACUGAGCUCUUUCGCUUUGUGUCCACAGCAAGUUUUGCCUUCCACGUCAAAGGCACCGCGCUUGCUUUGCUUUACAAUGCGCCAAAUGCCCACUAUCAUCGUCAUAGCCGGUUCCUGCCUUUUGACACAGAGAAACGCUCGACGUGGGAGCGUACAACAACGGCGCUGGGGAAAGUCUUGGGAUCGGCAUCCGACCAUCCUGUUGUAGCUGCUGUGGCAUGGGACGUUUUGCUCAGCGGACUCAGCCAAGGGUUAUGGGCGGCUACACGUGUGCUGGAUGUAAAUGACAUUCUAGCUGCCUCUACUCCAUUCGCUCCGAACGACUUAUCGAAGGCAAAGCCACCACCCAGACUACUGGGAGGAAGUGACAAAACAAAGCCGGAAUCGGAAUCGUCCAGCCACACCAACACAGUCUCCACGCGACGCAGGGGCAAUCAACAUGCAGAAAAAAAUAAGUCUGCAGAGAUGACAAUUUCAGAGGCACCUUCGUCUAGAAGCACUCGUCAAGGCCGUACCCUGAAGCGUACGGCAAACCACGAAGAGGCACCAGAAGAUGCGUACGAGCCGAGUCCUGCGGAAAGCCGCAUUGCUGUCGAAGGCGACGAACUGCCCGAUGAGGAUAUGGACUGGGAAUCUGCAGCGUUGGCCUGGGGUCUCACAGCUCUGGGAGGCCUUGGAUCUAGCAGCGCUGGUGUUUUUGGAGCCGAGUGCACAUCUCGAUGA